AUGUCGGUCAUUGAGAACCAUCUUUUGUCGCUCCUUCCACCACCAGCAAUUUCUCGCAAGGGAGCUCUUGCUCUCUCUUCCUCUUUGGCAGGUGUUGAUGGACUAAGGUGGUGGAUUGAUUGCCAGUGGAAUCCGACCCUUCAAUUUGAGUUAAGACUACUGCUCUUUCUGCUGGAAGAACAUGUCUACUCAGGCGAUCUAUGGCAUCUUGUAAUGGCGUACCAAAUUGAAUUCAUGCAAGGAGAAUCAUUGCACAAUUCACAACUGCCUCACAGAGUCCUUUUUGACAGAGAAAGAGAGUUUAUGGAGGACAAGAAAGACAGAGCUCAGUUGGAAUUGUCGCUUUAUUCUCAGGCCAUUGACCUCCUUCAGCUGAAGGCGGGCUCUCGUCCUGCUAGCUCGUGCCCUGUGAUUCAGCUCUCUGCAAGAGACCGGCAUCCUCUAGACAGGCUCUCUAGGGUCGGUUCUUCGGCACAUCUGAAAUGCAACGAGUGGCUAAGCAAAGUUUCAACAAGCGGAGACUCUGAUGAUGAUGAAGGCGAUAUGGGUUUUGACAGGGGUGUUGGGCCUGCCAUGGUUUAUACUGCUGAAGAAUCAACAUCCAUUGCGUCCAAGCUCAUGACAUUAUAUAAGACUCUGGUGGUGUGUAACGCGGGUCACUGCCCUUACCAGUUGGUCAAUACAUGGGUCGAAGAAUGUACAGAGGACUUUUACAUGGACGAUCUUGCAACAGAAAGAGCUUCCUUGCAGAUCAUGAUAUUACGCGCCAAUGAUUUAUCUAAUGCUGAAGAUGAAACUAGCUUUCUUCAAGCAGAAUUGGGUCUAAUGCAAUCAAGAUUUCGUCGCGCCCAAACCGAAGUGGAGCUCCUCUCAGACGCCAUACAAUACCUUACUGAGAGUAACACUGCAUGGUCCAGGGGGGGGCUGUUACAGGGAUCUGUAACACCUACUAGAGCCCCAGCUCUCCCUACGCCUGCCCCCGCUCUGCUAGACUCCCCACGCGGCGGUGCGCCGCCUGCGCCUAGAAAGACAGCGGUCUGGACCGCUAUGACCCCGCCUCAUGGCGCUAUGACCCCACCUGGCGCUAUGACCCCGCCCCUGGCCUAG